AUGGCUUCUGUAUUGGGAUCGGAAUCAUGGCGUCAGAAUCAACAAAGAGAAGGAAUACCGUGUGGAUCAUUGGAUGAUUGCCAUACAAAUGUUUAUGCUUUGACCGAAUUGAGCGAAAUUCGAUGGCGUGUCUACGAGCAUACAACAGGUGGCACAUCAACAACAAGACUUCACGAAGAUCUCAUGCAAGAUGAUCCCAUUGUGAAAGCAUAUGGACGCUGUUUACAAAAACGUCUUCUUUGCGCCUUCCGUCGUCAACCCCAACAAAUGGGCGGUUACGAGCGGCUACAAUUGCCCGUUUUCGAUAAAUGCGCAAAAGAGUUAUGGAUAUUUUGGUUUACCCAAGAUGAGCCAUCAUCAAUGGCAUCGUGUGUGGAUGGAUUGAUCGAGAAACAACAAGCAUCAAUGAUGGAUGCACAGAUUAUAAGUCCCGAGGUGCGCCACAUGUUUUUCAAUGCUCUUUACACAUAUCUCUCGAAUGGUUUCGUGAAGAGUGGACAUUUGAGAUUUGGUCGAUGGCACACAAAACCAUUGAAACAACCAUUACCCGGAAGAGAGCACAUGUUGCCAAGAUUUUCAAUCGGUUACAAUUUACGUCUUUUCAUCGCCGGUAUCAGCACUGUUUGUUGUGCAGUGAUCAGUCAAAAGCAACCGGCUCUUUUUCGUUUAACGAGACAACACAUCGAGCUAAAAGAGCAAUUCAAAGUGAUCCUUGCCCCAUGGUCGAUUCGAGCUGUUUUCAUCGGAACAGACAUUUCCGCCUACAAAAUCGAUGUGGAAGCUGAGUUCAAAAAAUGGAAACAAUAUUGGUUUCCCCAUUGGGAUGAGGAUGGCGAUGAACCGCUUCAACAACCGGGCGUACCGUUGAUGGUUCUCGUUGAAGCCGAUCAAAUGCCUUUACUCUAUCCAUCGUGCAUGAUUGGUGUCACCUGGGAUGAAUGUCCACUUCGAUAUCGUUCAUCGACAAAGCGUACCCAAGCCGGUCCAACCGAUCCACUGGAUCAUUUCCUCCCUUAUCCCCACGAUCAAAUUGAGAUUCAAACAAAAGGUAUCGGUGAACGAAAUCGUACCUUGAUAUCUCAAGCGGAUCCAUGGCCUGUCUUACAAUUGUCAAUGGAUGAAGCAAUGAUGGGCAAAAAGAAAAGCCAAGAAAGCGGAUGGAAAAUUUCGCCGAUACCCGCUGUGCAAAAGGAUGAUGAAAAAUUUGCCUAUUCGGAUGGCCAUCGAUCGGCUCAUUGUGACUGCAAUGAGUGCAAUACCCGUUUGGGGAAAUCGGAUGUCGAAAAUCCCGAAGAUAUUUUGCUUCCCGAUGAUCGAUUCCGGAAGAAAUUGCAGAGGAAAGCCGAAAGGAGUGCUCAAUAUCAAGAAGGGAGAAGGAAAAUACGAGAAAUUGAAAACAUCUACAAUAAUCCGUCGGAAGCCGAGAAAUGUCCUUAUGAUAUAACAGUGCUGAAAGCCGUUCUUGAACAACUUUCGGAAAAGGAACGAGAUCUGAUGCUUCAAACGACACCCACAAAAGAAAAAGAGUAUCGGGAAAAGAAAAGAAAACAAAAACGCUACAGUCGUUUGAAUGCCGAAUCUUCGUCACUUUUGCCUCAUUUUGCCCCAUUUCCCUCAUCAUCGAGCGAUGAAGAUAGCGAAGAGGAAAACGAAAGAUCAAAUCCAUCAUGGUCAAAUACAAAAUGUGCCGAUGGAAUUCACACAGGAAUCUACUGUAAUGCCGAUGGAGCUGUCUAUCAUUUCCCCGAUCCCCUCAAUUCUCCCGGCAAUUCGAGUGACGAUGAUUCCUAUGAAACGAUCCCUUUCACUCCUGUUAGGGUUGUUUCUCCUUGCUAUCCAAAAGGGAAAUAUUGUGGUCGAAAUUCUCCGAUCAAAUCUCUGAACGAUCAUCUUUCAUCAGAUUCUCAUCCACCCACAACCAGCUAUCAUUCGAGAAAAAUGCACUCAAGAAAAAGUGGAAAAGAUCGUCGGAAACGUUUACCGGUGAUCGGAUCGGAUCUCGAUAAAAUCACCGCCAAACAAACGGCCGAUUUGAUCUCACUUCACAAGACAAGGACAGCACAAUUGGCUGAUAAAUGGCCAUAUCUUAAUCAACAAAUUGUGGAAACCCGUUCUUCAUCACCGGAAGAUCAAAUCCCGUUGAGAAAAGAAACAUCAAGGACAACGAGACCGAAAAGAAAUCAAAUAUUGUCAAAAAGAAAGGAUGUCACUGUUCGAGGUCGAAUUCGAGGUGGAUCAAAUAGGCUAAGAAGACAUUCAAAAGGUUCAAAACAAGAUUGGCCAAGUUGCGAAAUAUUUGAUGUAUCGAAUAUGGCAAGGAAAACAAAGGAAGAUUAUUCAAUGGAAAUGAGUGAAUUAUUCGAUGUGCCUCAGUCAUUUAACGAUUUGGAUUCGGAAAGAGAAAGUGGUGAUGAAGGAAAUGCUGAUGGGAAAGAGACAAGAUUCUUGUUAUCGAUAUUUGAUGGGACGAAAGAUCAAAAUCAACACCCAACAUUUCAAUAUAAUGCAUCUGUAUCUGGAUAUCCACAAGACGAGGCAAUGAGUGCGGAUGAGUGCAUGAUGGCGAUUCAAGUCGGGGCCGGUCCCCCUUCAGCUCCAUCGGACUUCCUUUCCCCUCCCGCCAGCAAUGAAGGAGAUGAUCAUCUUGCGCCAGGCAGUGUUGCCCCAUUUCCCCGUGGCCCUCCAUCUGUCCCUCUGACCGAUGCUCAAAUGAAUAACAUCUAUCCGACUCCUCCAUCCGUCCUUGUCGACACCCAACAACCAUCUCCACAACAAUUAUCCAUCCCUUCAACAAGCACUCAAAUCCAAUCUUCUCUAUCGGUUGAUCCGAUCGAUGUGCAAAUGAUUGAGUUACUUCCCCCGAUUCUCUCAAAUCUUCCCAAACAAAAAGCAUCGACUUCAAAAUCGGAAAAGCCAUGGAAAGAUGAACAAAUCGAUGAUGAGAUAUAUCCAAAUGAUUUGGGACAAGAUAUAGGAGAAGUGGUGAAUUUUGUGAAAGAGCAUUCAAUACACGCAAAAAGUCGAUGGAAUGAAUUACCGAAAGCGAUGAGAUAUGCAGCAUUUGGACAGAUAAAAUUGAGAGCAAAGAUUAAUCGAUUGCCGGAUUAUGAAAAAACUAAAUCACGGAUAAAUCGGGGUGGAUCGAUUGGGAAGAAAGAGGAAACGGCGAUGGAGAAGUUGGCGGCAGCAUUGAAUAAUAGGCAAAUGGGACAACAAGGUCAAAAUGGAAUCAUGGGAAUCGGCAGAAUGAGUGGAGCACAUCAAAUGAAUGCAAUGAGAGGAGGAGCGAUGGGACCCGCACCGCCGGGACAACUAAGAAUGAGUUACGGUGGAAUGGGACAUCCGGUUCAACAACUCAACACAUUGGUGUACGGUGGAAUAGGCGGAUAUCAAGGAAUGGCUCACGGUGGAAUGCAACCACAUAUGGGUGGAGGAAUGGGAAUCGCCGGGCCAAUGCAUCCUCCACAAAUGGGAAUCACCCAUCCACCACAUAUGGGACCGGGAAUGGGCCCUGGUGGACAGAUGAUGGGCGGAAAUGGACAAAUGGGAGCAUCUGGAUCGAUAGGAAUGCAAAAUAUGUACUAUCGUGGAAAUCCGCACCAAGGAGGAUACGGUGGUGGAAUGGGUGGAGAUCCGAUCAAUGGAAGUGGCUACAAUCCGAUGGGCAAUUUGUACGGUGCACCAUAUCAACCAGCACCCAGUCACGGUCAUCCCACCUACGGAGCUCCACCAAUGCCGCCUCACAUGCUUCAGCGUCAAUCGUCGGUUUUUAUGAAUUCGCCUCAAACUCAUUCUUCUGUGCCAACUCCAUCAUCGAACGUCUCAUCCCAACACCCAUCCACUCCACUUAUCGUUAAACAAGAGUUACCCGAUCCAGAGCAAGAUCAAGAAAAUCAAUCCUCGUCUCUUCUACCAUCAUUACCAUUGUCUUUAUUGUUAUCAGAUACGAUUCUCAAUCUUCACUAUGACAGUACAUUUGAUUCUUGUCCAAUCUGUUCUUGUAAUUCAUCAAUCAGAGCAAGAGAACUCGGUCUUUACAUUGCUUCCGAUGAAAUUCUCCGAAACGACUCUCAAACACAACAAAGUUUGAUCACCCCAUGGAGUGGUUUCUACAUUCAGAAUGGACAAUUGAAUCCAUGCACAUGCGGAUUCAGUGCAAUUCGUUAUCGUCUUUUAUCGAUGAGAUCAGGACUUUUCCCAGAAGAUGCCCGAGAAGCAACGGGAGAUGUCACAAGUGUGGCUGAGAUUGAGAGCGGAUUGGGAGACGCUGAUCCAAUAUGGUUCAACAUCCAAACUCCGCAACGACAAGAAGGAAAAGAAGCAAUGAAUAUGUUAGAUUUGGUGAGAAGAAUGUCACUUCAUCGUGAUAUCUCGACAUUCAUUUCCCGAUCGGGAUCACUUCAUGAUUCACUCAACAAAUCAGUCAAGAGUCGAAGUGAAAAAGAAUCGAACGAGUAUGUGAUCUCAAUGAUGGAUCAAACAGAACUAUUGCUGAUUUGGAGUGCGGCUGUGGGCUCAUUGAUGCCAUCGGGGAAAAUCCCGUCAAAUGAUGACGUUUCCACAUAUUUCCAUCCUUGGGGACUUCAAACAGCAAAAGAAAUGUUUGAUGUUGGCGAUGCUGAAUGUCGAUCGCUGUUGAAUGAAUUGAAGACAUCUUUGGAUGAAUCGAUGAGAUAUAUUAGAAAUGGACAACCGACACAAUCGAUUGUUGAAGGACCGUUAACGUGGAGGACUCUUUCACAGAAAUGUGUCAAAUCAUCACAGGAUGACGAGAAAGAGUGCCUUUCAACAGCAGAACCAAUUCCAUGUCUAAUGGUUGCCGGUGAAAGAGAGAAUGCCCCAAUUCGGGCAUCUCCGUCAAUUGUCCGUUUCUGGGAAGCUGUUUCAUUGGGGCCGAUCGAUCAACCAAAAGAUGUUUUCUAUUUGGCAAUCACUUAUGAUGAUCCCGACUUAUCGGAAAAGACUGCAAACUAUUUUGAAGAGAUGAGCAGAAAAUACGAACAAAUGCGUCUGGGUAAACAUCUGCAAUUGCCGGCGAAUGAACAAAUCGUGAAAGGAGGAGUGAUGAGAAUUGAAAGAUCGGCGAAUAAUACGAACAAUAUUUACGCAGCACAAUCAUCAUUGCUGAGGAAUAUCUCACUUUAUAAUCAACAAAAAGGAGGAUAUUAUGAUCCGCUUCUAUUGCAGAGAUUACAGUAUUACUGUGCCCAACUCGAGCAAUCGUUGAUCAAUAUUCUCACAAAAGACAAUUGUGCUAUUUUUGAUCGAGAAACUUUCAGACGAGCAGCCACUGAACAAUAUCGAUCAAGAUGCUAUCUGAUGAGUUAUUUCGCGAAAAGCACUGAAGACCGGCUGAGAGUGAAAGAAAGAGAAGCACAAUUGGAAAGAAAUGAAAUAUUCCGGAAAAGUCAAUUGGAGAAAUUGGUUGUCGAUAUGGAUCAGAUUGAUCAACAAGCUGACGAUGGAAGAGAAACGAGAAAAAGUGGAGGGGAAACUGAUAAAGAUCCGGAGACAGCGUUGGAUGCGAUGCAGGAAUUGAUGGACAUGCCUGAUAUGAGACAAGAAGAUCCGAAAAAUGAGCAAAUCGAUGGACAAAUCAACCAGGGAAUGGUUCAAUUGGGCCAACCCCAACCACCGAUGACUCCACAAAAGAAUGGAAUGGGACAAGAUGGAGGAUAUCAAACAGGCAAUCAACCGGGCUCAUCGCAACAAAAUCCCCACAAUGCGCAUUCGACACGGACAACUUAUCUAUCAUCAUAUCCUGGGGGAAUUCCCGGUCCAAUCCCUGAAGUGCCCGCAUUACCACCAGAGGAUAUUCCCGAUGAUGAACCCGGCCUUCUGCCACACGUCAUUGUCGUGUAUUUGAUCGAUCCUUUCUCAACGGGCGAACGUUCAACGAAUCCUCAUAUUUCCCGUUUAAUUGCCCAAGCCUAUAUUCGAACAUUCAAUAAUGUUUGCCAAAAAUUGCCAACGAAAUGGAGGUGUCAAGUGCAAUUGGAGAUUGUCCCAUCAGCACGGCUAAUGGAUCAUUACGCAAGCUAUGCACAAGUUGGACGCUCACAAUUUGAUCAUGUCGAGAAAUACUCGGCUCAAGAUUGUCUCCGUGAUUUGUGUCUUUCUGUUUAUUCCCAAUCAAGAGUUGUUCUACCCGAAUGUGUCAAAACAAUUCUCCCGAAAAGUAUGACAAAAUUCGGACCGGCUUCUCAAUUGAGUGAAGCGAUUGAAGGAUAUAAUGGAAAUCAUCGAGAAUUACAACUAUUUCAGAUUUCCUCAAAUCCUUGGCAUUUGGCCCCAUCGGCUUUGUUGCAUAAAAAAGCUGAUGGACAAAUGGUGACAAUUGAACACGAAGAACAGUCUCUCUACGUCACAUAUUGUCUUCUUGGCGGUGAAUGGUUGUGUGCCUCAAUCACGGAUUCUCUCGGAAAAAUUCAAGACAAUUGUUUGAUCAAUAUGAAGCCGAAUAAUCCGGAGAAAAUGGUGAUCAAAUAUCGAAAACGAACGCAAAUCUUGGACGCAAUGGAUCGUUUAUGGACAUACAUUCAAGGAAAUCUCGUUGUCGGCACAAAAUGUUGGCGUUUGGUUGUGGGAAAGUUGGGACGGAUUGGACACGCCGAAUUUAGAGCCUGGUCAACGCUGCUCUCGAAGACGAAUCUCAAGAAACAAAAUCAAAAACUAAAGGAAAACUGUCAGAGUUGUCAAUUCGUUGCCGCAUCAUGCCCAAUCCUGCAACAAAGCACUCCAAUUAUUCUCUCGGCUUGUCUCGUCAGCAUUGAACCCGAGCCGAAUUUGAAAGUUCUGCCCACAUCGCUUUCUCAUUCUGAUGCAAAGAAUCGAACAAGAGGAUCGGCUGUUGGACCCGAAGAUGGAACCGUCACUCAUAUUCUCGUUUUUCCAACUUCAGUCGAUGUUCAGUUUGGAGCAACAGACAAUCUUGGGCAAGCACAUGAAGAUGAUGACAAUUUGAAUCUCGAUUUUGAGAUUGGAUUUGAUGACUUGGGUGAAAUGGGCGAAAUGAAAGAUUUAAUCAAUGAAGUGAUCGGAUCGGAAAAUGGACCUCCACAAACAGCCGGCAUCAGGAAUCCACAUGGGGGAUUCUUCGAUAACUUUGAAACUCAAAUCGAGAAUCAACCACUCGCCAUCGGUUUCUAUAUAUCGACAGCGCCAGCACCCGAUCUUCCCGAAUGGUUUUGGGCGAGUUGCCCAAAUGCGAGAGGACAAACACCCGUUCAUCUCAAGUCUUCUCUUCACAUCAAUGUCACUCAAGUUCAACAAGAUGAUUCAUUCGGAAAUGUGCAAAAAGACAAAAAUUCUCAAGGGGAAUCGGAUGCCGUUCAUCCACUUGAUAGCAAUCGAACUGAUGAAGUUUUGAGACAUGUCCUCGAGACGUACAACGCUUUGUCGUGGCUUUCCAUCGAUUCUCUCUCUGGUGAACGUCGUUCUUGUCUUCCCGUUCACAUGCAAUCUCUUCUCAGACUUUACCAUUCUGUUGCUCGUUUCAUUCUA